UUCACACUUAAGCUACGAUGUACGUAACAAUCAUCAGUUUGCUAAGAGAGCUUCGGCAUUAUCGAAUUUUCUCCCAUUAAAAUCUGACUUUCUCUCUCCUCUUCCCUUCAUUGUUAUACGAAAGAUGUCUUCUCUAUCCAGCUCUCUGGUCUUGGCUCGUAACUCCCCUUCUCAGCUUUCAUCUGGUUAUUCUUUCCAGCAGUCAGAUCGAGUAUUGUGCCCAACCAACUCAAGCUUCUCUCCACUUCAUACCAAAAAGGCUACACAAAAACCUCUUGUUGUCCAGGCUUCCUAUAGUGACGGUGGUAGGCCCAGCAGUGCAAGCGUUUUUGUUAGUGGGUUCGUUCUGGGAGGACUAGUUGUUGGUACCCUUGGCUGUGUGUAUGCACCCCAGAUAAGUAAGGCUCUUGCUGGAGCUGACAAAAAGGAUUUGAUGCGGAAACUACCAAAAUUUAUCUAUGACGAGGAGAAAGCUUUGGAGAGGACAAGAAAAAUCUUGACUGAGAAAAUUGAUCAGUUGAACUCUGCUAUUGAUGAUGUGUCAUCUCAGCUGCGCUCUGAUGGUACCCCAAAUGGAGCUGCCGUGACCUCUGAUGAAAUUGAAGCUACCAUAUAACUUGUCAAAUCAUGUUCUUCUAUUCAUGUGCGUCUUAAUCAGCAAAUAUACAUUUUGGAAAGAUUAGCAGUGUACUAGUGAAAUUUGAUGUUGAAGCUCACUCCGUAGUGGUAAUAUAUUGUCUUUGGAACAAAUUGUCGGAUUUGCUGUUCAGCUAUUAUGAUAAGUGCCCAAAUAUUCUACACACUGAAGUAGCAAAUUAGCAAGUUUGUGUCUACUUUGGAUGUUUGUAAUUGGUUAGUAUUCUAGCUGUGCGAGUUGCUCCAGCUUUAGCACCGAGUAUGUAGUAGCACAGGAUAUCACCCCUCAUGUGAGGCUUGAAAGGCAUACCUGCAUUCUUUUUUUAAAUUUACGAGACAAUUAUUCUUGAGAUGAUAAUCAUUCAACAAAAGGGUAAAGGAGAUGCUGUCACCUUUUGAUGUAAGACUAAUAGAUUGUCCGAAAUUCAGUCUGUAACUUUAUAUCAAGUAUGUAAUUGGAUAGUGACUUAGCUGCAGCA